AUGGAUAAUACUAAGCAGGAAAUCGCAUCCCCAGAGCCAAGUGGAGACUUCCAGCAUGUUGCAGAGAACAUGAAAUCGUCUGCAUACGAAGUUCUGAACUCGGCCGACUUCAAUCAGCAAAAGGAAGUCGAGAAUGUUCCGCUUGAGGUUGAUUCUGAUAGCAGUAACGCGGAUUCAGUUCCCGAACUCGUACCGAUCGAAAACGAGGAGAUCAAGCAAUCUGCUGAAGUCGUAGAGCCAUCCACAAAGGGAGAAACCGAGAACGACCAAGUCGUUUCUGAGGAUACAGCGGACCCUGUCGACGAAGCUGAAAUUCCAGAAGCGGCACUAGAAGAUUCUCCCGCUCAAGAAGCGAAGAAACCGGUGGACCCCUAUCAUUGGCAAGAUGUCCUUGGAUCAGGCCGCCUUUACACAAAGAUCAUGGUAGAGGGUGGUGAAGAAACCGUCAAAAAUGGCGAUUUGGUCAAAAUCGAAAUCUCUGUCCCUGUGAUCGCCCAGCACUUGCGAUUCGGAUCCAGUGUGGAUAACGAUUGCGAGUUAAAGCACCACGAAACGCUUGAGGUUCUGCUUGGGGACGGAUUCGCAAUUCCAGCUAUCGAGCUUGCGUGCUAUGAAGCGAAAGUUGGCGGCUCUAUUGCUGUCAAAUCUCAUGAUAGUCUUCGCAAGACUCUUCCUAUGGAAUUUGUUUUAAAAAUUGUGGAAAAGCUUGAGAAGAAUCAUCUCAAGUUGGCCAAUGACUUCAAGUCGUCUGGUAACGAAGCUUGGAAAGCGAGCGACAUCGAAACCGCGCUCAAGCACUACCAGAAUGGCUUGAAGCAAAUUCAAGAAUUCAUUUCUCAAAAUGAGCAGACUGAAGAGACGAAGGAGCUUUUCGAGAAGCUCAUGAAGAAUGCUGGCCGAUGCUUCUUCAAAAAAGGCGAAAACAAGAGAGCAAUCGGCUGUUUCAGAGAAGUUCUCGCCAUCUACCCAGAUAAUCUCAGCGUACUUGCUCUUAUCGCUGACAUCGAAAUUCGGGAGAAAAACUACGAAGAGGUCUUGAAGAUCAUUGCCAAGGUCCGCGUAUUGGAAGCUGGCUCUGAAGAGAAAAAGUACACCGCGUCUAUGGAAAAACACGAAGAACGCUGUCGUCGAGAGCUGAAAAAGCAGGACGUAAAGCAAAAACAAAUGUACUCAAAGAUGUUCAGUGGAGCUUCGGAAUCCCCCGUCGUUCAGAAAUCUCCAAAAAAAACGCAAUCAGCUCCAAGCGACAAUCAAAAGACCGAAGAAAAUUCUGCAGAAAAAGAUGAAGUUUCAUCUGGUCUGAUCAUUGGUGCCACUAUCUGUGCCAUUGCUGCUAUCGGGGUCGCCUUGUGGUACCGCAAUUCAUCUUAA